ACGCGCGCACACGCUCAGCAUCCCAUUGGCUGGGAUAUUUCCCCCCUCUCUCCACCCCCUCCCCUCCACCCCUUCCUCCAACCAAGUCAGGUUAUCUCUCCGGCUGCUCCCGUCGCAAAGUGUCCACUUCAUCAGUGACUGACUGCAGAAAGACAGAAAGGAGGGAAAGCACGCUCGCCAGUGAGAGGCAUGCUGAGGAACUCCACGCACAGAGGCAUGCACCCGGCGGGAGAGGAGGCGAGGAUGCGUGUGCAGGGGCCGCGGGAGAGAAGACACCUUGCUCUGUGCAUCAACAACCAGGAAGAAGUGAAGAGGUAUCACCGCUACUGCAAUCACAGCGGAGGGCAAACAGCUCCGAAGGUGGAGAGUCACCCCCAGAGGAGCGAGGGGGAGCCUGACAACAGGUCUCACCGCCGCGGGCAACAACAACAACAACAACAACAACAACAGCAACAACAGCAGCAGCAGGAAAUCAAGGCUAUUGUUAUCCAGCGGGCCUGGCGUGCCAGCGUGUCACGCCGAGGGAGCUGGCAGGACCAUGCCAAGAAUGGAACUGAGGAGAUGGCGCCUCCAGACAGCCUGGACGCACCUGUGAAGACCACCGACCUUUUCCCGGAGCAGCUCCAGAGCCUGCACAGUGCCUUCCAGCUUGUUAAUGAUGGAGGCUUCCAGCUGCAGACUGCCGACCUCACGGUGGACGUGGACCACAUCAACAUGAACGUGCCACCGUUUGAGACCAAGGUGUUAAUCAUCCAGCGAGCCUGGCGUGAUUUCCUCCAGAAGCAGGAAGUGGAGAAGAGGAGCCCCUCACCGUCUUCCCUUUCUUCUUCGGACAAGAUGAGCAUGUCCAUCAGCAUGGCCACCCUCUCCGAUGGUAGCACCCCGGAUUACCGGGAGGAUGGCAUGGACCUGGGGAGCGAUGCGUCCAGUCGCUCCAGUUCAGAGUCCAACUCCAACAAGGUUACGCCCUGCUCCCCUUCGCCUGACCUGGCCACGCUGGAUGGCUACAAAUCAUCCCCUUCUCUGGACCUUGUCACCCUAGAGGACUAUGAGGAGGAUGAGGACUACCAAGAGUACAAGAAGAAGGUGAUAGAGGAGUGGGAGAGUGAGUACGGAGACGACUGCGCCUCCCCACAGGCUCCUGGUCAAGAGGAAAGCCGAGGAGGCGUCACGGGGCCCGAAGAGGUCAGCGAGGGCUACAGGAAGAACAGUCGCGGCCUCAGCGAUGAAUUACAGGAUGUGAAAACCGCUCCUCCCCUCCCGGCCCCCAACAGACGCACUACCACCUCCAUCACCGGCGUUCCAGAGGAACUCCAACAAAACGGAAAUGUGAUUUUGCCCCGCAGCAACCAGCUCCACUCCCCUGGUACACCGCAGGGGGGGUCGACAGGGACUGCCAAGCGCAGACACCACAGCUUCAGCCAAGGCAGGGGGGACCGCAGCACCGGUAGGGGCAGCGGUGGAGGAGACAGUGCCGGGACGGUAGGAUGUAUGGGGGGUUACGGACAGGAGGACGGCAUCGAGGAAGAGACUCUGCCCACCAUGGACUGGGCGGCGCUGGAGAGGCACCUGGCGGGGCUGCAGUGCCGAGAGCAGGAGAACCAAAACCUCAAUCACAACCAGAACCACAACGUGGGCAAGACCAGCUACACCUCAGCCCAAAAGAAUGAGAGGGAGUCCAUCAGGCAGAAGUUGGCCCUGGGCAGUUUCUUUGACGAUGGACCGGGCAUCUACACCAGUUGCAGCAAGAGUGGCAAACCCAGUCUGUCGUCAAGGCUGCAGAGCGGCAUGAACCUGCAGAUCUGCUUCGUCAACGACAGCGGCAGCGACAAGGACAGCGAUGCGGACGACAGCAAGACGGAGACCAGCCUGGACACGCCCCUGUCCCCCAUGUCCAAGCAGAGUUCGUCCUACUCGGACAGGGACACCACAGAGGAGGACUCAGAGUCCCUGGAGGACAUGGACUUCCUGAGUCGACAGAAGAAGCUGCAGGCGGAGGCCAAGCUGGCGCUGGCCAUGGCCAAGCCCAUGGCCAAGAUGCAGGUGGAGGUGGAGAAACAGAAUCGUAAAAAGUCGCCGGUGGUUGAUCUGCUUCCACACAUGCCUCACAUCAGUGAAUGUCUCAUGAAAAGAAGCCUGAAGCCCAACGACCUGAGGGACAUGACCCUGGGACAGCUGCAGGUGAUCGUCAACGACCUGCACUCCCAGAUUGAGAGUCUGAACGAGGAGUUGGUCCAGCUGCUGGUGGUCCGAGAUGAACUCCACAUGGAGCAAGAUGCCAUGCUGGUCGACAUCGAGGACCUCACCAGGCAUGCCGAAAGCCAGCAGAAACAUUUGGCUGAGAGGACCCUAUCCAAAUAAGAAGGUCGCCAUGUCCCCCCCUGCUGGCUCCAGCUCAUCUUCCCUUCCCUGCCGCCUGAACCAAAUGAAGCCCUUCACCAAACCGUCACACCUCCAUCUCCAUCCACAUCUGCUCGCUUGUCUCCCGGCGCCAUUUUACGCCUUCCUGCUCUCCUUCCUCCGCCCACAACCUCCAACUCUCACGCGCUUGCAUCCCAAGGACGGACGGAGCGAUGCCUGUACUUCCUUGGGAGGAGGAAAGGAAACAAGGAAACAGAUGGUGUAUUGUCAUGGAUUCUGUCCCAGCUUCCUGUGAAGUAAUCGGCCUUGCUUUGCUCUCGUUUUACUUUACAACUUUCUACAUUCGCCACUAAAUUAUUACUGUCAAAUGCAAAAAAAAAAAAAAUUGUGGGGGAAAAAAAAGUAAAGUUCUAGUGAAAACUUUAGUAGAAAGUCAGUCUUAAGAAUAAAAAAGAAAAAGAAACAACACUGUAUUAAAAAGAUGAUGGCUAAUUAUCUUCAGAGCAUUUUAAGUUGGACUGUAAAGUAUUUCAUAUUCUGCACAAAUGGUAGUUUUCAACUGACAAAUGUUUAUUUGAAGGUGCUAAAAGAGUGUAAAGGAAACAUGCCUGCCUUGUAGUGGAGUCGUAGCUUUUGGUAAAAAAAAAAAAAAAACAACAAACAAACAAAAAAAAAAACAUUCACUCCAAUUGCUCUUCAUCUUGAUUUUGUGGCCACAUUUGAAGAAGACGACGACGAAUCGGUGUGUUAAUAUCCUUUUCAUCCUACUGUAUUCAGAAACUUUAUUUGAGGGGAGAAAAUGUUUUAUGUACAGAUAUGUAAAAUAAAGAAUAAACUUUGUUUCAUA